ACAUGGAAACUGGAAGCAAUCGUCUUUUCUCAAUAUUUACUCUUUUAUGCAUGAAAAUGGGUUUUGUUUAUUUAAUUAGCAAAAAAAAACAAAGGGUAGAAUCAUAUUUUAUGCUGUAGAAUCUGUAAUUUUAACUACUAAUCCAGAAAAAAGAAAAUGCUAAAAAGAAUAAAGCAUCCAUCAAAUUGAAGAAUUUAUCUUGUUCUUGGACAGGUCUGGAUAGGCUUUUCCAUCAUUCUCAGACAUGGUUAUUGCCUUGUUGACAAAGAGUGCUUCUCACUGCAUCUGAGCAGGUUACUUCAAGAAAAUAUAUGAGGAAUAAUUUUGGUCUACAUCACCCCCUUUUCUAUCUCUAUCCUUUUUCUGCAGAUCCAUUUCUUUCUUCUAUUGAAUCAUGGCAUUUCUGGUACUGCAUAGCUGGCAGUUAAUCUAAAGGAUCGGAGGACCAUAAAUAAUUUAUGCUCCUAGCUCUUAGGGUUCAAUGUCCAAGACUCAAUUUCUUUCAACAACAGGAACUAUGACUGUCCAUGGACGAGGGAAAAUGUCUUCUAACUUAGCUUUGAGUAUGUUUUAAUCACCCCCGAGUUACAGUAAUUUCACCACACCCUCCCCCUUAACACAGACAACUCAAGAGGCUUCUUGUAUAAAGACUAUGAGUGAGUUUGGUUCUGAAAGAUCAAGACAGUGGAACAUAUAUACAGGUUCAGAUCCAAGUCCAUCUCAAUCAGCAGUUGAUAAUGUAGUCCCAUGGAAAAGCUUCGGGACAUCCAUGAAUGCAAUUUCUUUUGGAUUUGUUGCCACAGCCAUCUUGAUAUCAAUGUUUCUCAUCAUGGCCAUCUUUGAACACCUGUUCAGGCCAAAUCCUCCUUUCUCUUCACCUGAAGAGAUGGCGAAUAGUUCUCCAGAAUCAGUUGUAGACAAACUUGGAUAUCCACAAACUGUACCAACAUCAUAUGCAUCUGAUUUCUCAGUUUUGAUGCCUGGGGAGCAUUAUCCAACUUAUAUUGCACAACCCGCUCCCCUCCCUUGCCAAAGGGAAAGCAUAUAUUGGCCUUCCCAUGAACAUAAUUUUGUACUUCCUUAGUAUUCUACACACGUCAGAGAAUGGAUGAUAAUAUGGCUUUCUGUAUAUUUCACAAUCAAUUCUCAUCCUUCAAAUACUUAAUCAUGUAAUUGAAUUCUGUAUCAUGAGCCAUGUUUGAAGUAAAGAUUACCAUUAUGC